AUGACGCGGGGAGCAUGCGGGACUGUAUCGGUGGUGCUGCAGACGCGGACGGUCCGGAGCACGGCUGCCCCCGGCGAUGCCCCCCAGGGCAGGACCCGGCAGGAGCGGGAGCGGCCGCGUGGACCCCCGGGGCUUGUUGGCUCCGGCGGCCGGUGCGUGGGGUCGGCGAGCGGGAGCACGGCAGCCACCUGCUCCCUCGCAGGGGCAGCUGUGCCCCGUGGGCACCCAGCGGCCGAGCCGGUGCCGGUGCCGGGGCUGGCGCUGCCGCAGCCUCUCCUCGCCAAGAGCACGCUGACCUUCUCAGUGUCUCCCCGCGGCAGGCACGGAGGCACCCACCAGGCUGCUCCCGGCACCGCUGGGGGCUUUGGCACCAUCAUCCAGCCAGGGCACGUGGAGGUGGCCGAGCCCCAUCUCCCCACAGGUGCUCAGCAAAGCGCGACCGUGGCCAACCCGGCAUCUGGUGCAUCCUCGGACCUGCUGCCACACUUCCAGCUGGAGCCAGAGGAUGUCUACAUUGUGAAGAACAAGGCAGUGAGCCUGGCCUGCCGUGCCACCCCUGCCACGCAGAUCUACUUCAAGUGCAAUGGCGAGUGGGUGCACCAAGGUGACCACGUUACGCAGCACAGCACCGACCGCAGCACCGGGCUGCCAGUGAUGGAAGUGAGCAUCGAGGUCACCCGUCAGCAAGUGGAGAAGAUCUUUGGGCUGGAGGAGUACUGGUGCCAGUGCGUGGCCUGGAGCUCCUCUGGCACCACCAAGAGCCAGAAGGCCUUCGUGCGCAUCGCCUAUCUGCGCAAGAACUUCGAGCAGGAGCCGACAGCCAGGGAGGUCUCCAUUGAGCAGGGCAUCGUGCUGCCAUGCCGCCCUCCCGAGGGCAUCCCCCCCGCCGAGGUGGAGUGGCUGCGCAACGAGGAGCUGGUGGACCCAGAACUGGAUGCCAACGUCUAUGUGACACCAGAGCACAGCCUGGUGCUGCGUCAGGCCCGCCUGGCCGACACUGCCAACUACACCUGUGUGGCCAAAAACAUCGUGGCCCGCCGCCGCAGCGCCUCUGCUGCCAUCACUGUCUAUGUGAACGGCGGCUGGUCGACGUGGACGCAGUGGUCAGGCUGCAGCACCAGCUGUGGACGGGGCUGGCAGAAGCGGAGCCGGACAUGCACCAACCCCACACCCCUCAAUGGGGGUGCUUUCUGUGAGGGCCAAAAUGUGCAGAAAACCGCCUGCACCACCCUCUGCCCAGUGGACGGUGCCUGGUCGGAGUGGAGCAAAUGGUCGGAGUGUGGGGCCGAAUGCACCCACUGGCGCAGCCGCGAGUGCUCGGAGCCAGCGCCACGCAACGGAGGCCGGGAUUGUCAUGGCCCCGAGCUGGACACCCGUAACUGCACCUCUGAGCUCUGCACCCACGCUGCCCCCGGCGCAGAGGACGUAGCGCUGUAUGUGGGGCUGGUGGCCGUGGCCGUGUGCCUGGUGCUGCUGCUGCUGGUGGGGGUGCUGGUGUACUGCCGCAAGAAGGGGGGCCUGGAUGCUGAUGUGGCUGAUUCCUCCAUCCUCACCGCCGGCUUCCAGCCCGUCAGCAUCAAACCCAGCAAGGCUGACAACCCCAGCCUGCUCACCAUCCAGCCAGACCUCAGCACCACCACCAUGACCUACCAGGGCUCGCUCUGCCCACGCCAGGACGGCCCUGCCAAGCUCCAGCUGCCCAACGGGCACCUGCUGAGCCCGCUGGGUGCUGGACGGCACACGCUGCACCACAGCUCGCCCGCUGCCGAGGGUGCUGACUUCGUGGCCCGGCUCUCCACACAGAGCUACUUCCGCUCCCUGCCCCGCGGCACCAACAACAUGGCCUAUGGCACCUUCAACUUCCUGGGGGGGCGGCUCAUGAUCCCCAACACAGGGAUCAGCCUGCUCAUCCCACCCGAUGCCAUCCCACGGGGGAAGAUCUAUGAGGUUUACCUGACCCUGCACAAGCAGGAGGAGGUGAGGCUUCCCCUGGCUGGCUGCCAGACGCUGCUGAGCCCCAUUGUCAGCUGUGGCCCCCCCGGGGUCCUCCUCACCCGCCCCGCCAUCCUGGCCAUGGGGCACUGCGUGGAAGCCAGUGCUGAGAACUGGAGCAUCCGCCUGAAGAAGCAGUCGUGUGAGGGCACGUGGGAGGACGUGCUGCAGCUGGGUGCUGAGCCAUGCACAGAGCUGUACUACUGCCAGCUGGAAGCGCAGGCUUGCUACGUGUUCACGGAGCAGCUGGGGCGCUUUGCCCUGGUUGGGGAGUCCCUCAGCAUGGCGGCCUCCAAGCGCCUCAAGCUGGUCCUGUUCGCGCCGGCCGCCUGCCCCUCGCUCGAGUACAACAUCCGUGUCUACUGCCUCAGUGACACCCAGGACGUCCUCAAGGAGGUGAUCCAGCUGGAGAAGCAGCUGGGAGGGCAGCUGAUCGGAGCCCCCCGGGUGCUGCACUUCAAGGACAGCUACCACAACCUGCGCCUCUCCAUCCACGAUAUGCCCAGCUCCCUCUGGAAGAGCAAGCUCCUCGCCAGCUACCAGGAGAUCCCCUUCUACCACAUCUGGAGCGGGCUGCAGCCCUUCCUGCACUGCACCUUCACGCUGGAGCGCCUGAGCACCAGCACCUGUGAGCUGGCCUGCAAGAUCUGGGUCUGGCAGGUGGAGGGAGACGGGCAGAGCUUCACCGUCAACUUCAACAUCGCCAAGGACACAAGGUUUUCAGACUGGCUGGUCCCCGAAGAGGUGGGCACCCCGGCUUUGGUGGGCCCCAGUGCCUUCAAGAUCCCCUUCCUCAUCCGCCAAAAGAUCAUCAGCAGCCUGGACCCGCCGGGCACACGGGGAGCCGACUGGAGGACACUGGCACAAAAGCUCAACCUUGACAGCCAUCUCAGCUUCUUCGCCUCGAAGGCCAGCCCCACAGCCAUGAUCCUCAACUUGUGGGAAGCACGGCACUUCCCCAAUGGCAACCUCUCCCAGCUGGCUGCUGCCGUGGCCGAGGUCGGCAAGCAGGACGGUGCCCUCUUCUCGGAGGCUGAGUGCUGAGCAUGGCGAGUCCCAGGGGACCACCACCAUGGGGCUAAGGGGGGCGGGGGCCCUGGCUGGCCCACCAGGCUCCUACUGCCCCACAGCACACGAGGAGGGCUACCUAGCCCCCUUGGGAGGGCAGGAUGCCCCUGCCCCAUGGCAGUCAGGCCCCUCCAGCACUGUGGCGUCGGGACUCAGCCCAGCCCUGGGGGUCCCAGAGCCCCAUGGUGGGGGACUGGGGGGGCACAGGGUGUGCGUCGUGCGUGCGGUGCCGUCGUGGUGUCUGCGUGUGGGGCCAGGCGGCCCCGGGCCCCAUGCCGUGUUGUGUAAAGCCCGUUUUUUUAAUUCUGUAUUAAGUGCAUUCAAGUAUUUACACUUGGCCUUAUGUACAUAGCGGUGCCGCGGGCGGGGGGUCUGCCGGACGUGAAUGUAAAUAAAUUCGAUAUAUAUUGCUA